CUCAGUUGAUUGACGAGAAGUGAAAACUACUCUUCGCUAAAGUAACUGAAGGUACCAAACUGACCCCUGCUUCAAUUAAACAUAGUUUUUUCAUGUUUAAGUGAAUUUUUACCGAUACGUAAUUUUCCCGACCUACGUAAAAUUGACUGACUAAUGAAGAAAGCUGAAGUGAAAGCAAAAUAAAGACAGUUUUGCGCGGUUACGGUGGCGCUCCGGGAUCAUUUUGUUGGACAUUGUUAGCAAACAAAAGGCGUGGUUUUAUGCUAAAAUUGUUCCAACUUUAAGCUAGAUGCACGCCGCGUUUCUCGACAAAGUUGCGCCGCUUUCUUACAGAGGUGUACUGUCUCUUUAAGGCCUCUCGGGCAGUCUGUUUCGUAUCGAUCAAUCCACCAUUUUCCAACACACAGCUCCGGCAGCGCGACACAGAAGAGAGCCACCCCUCUACCUGGAGAGGAAGCCAGGGGACCCGGGGCAGACAUGGCAGCGAACAUGUACCGGGUUGGAGAUUAUGUUUAUUUUGAGAACUCGUCCAGUAACCCACUGCUGAUCAGGAGGAUAGAAGAGCUGAACAAG